ACCCUCCCUUGUUCAUCUGGGGCAACCAGAGCCAGACGUCUGUCAGGUCGGGACUCGACAGGACACCGGCAAGCGUGAGAGAUAGUGAGAGGGAAGAGAGAGGAAGUAGCAGCUCGGAGAAAGUUAGGGAACUACCCACAGCGUUACGGCAAAUCCACCUGAGCGGACGACACGCAGCUGAGUUUCAGGGGGAACAGAAAUUAACGGCACAAUGAUGAUGACCCAGGUGGAGACCACCGUGCACUAUGACAACGGCUACGAGGAUGAGUACAUGAUGCAGGAGGACGAGUGGGACAGGGACAUGUUGCUGGACCCGGCUUGGGAGCAACAGCAGAGGAAAACCUUCACGGCCUGGUGUAACUCCCACCUGAGGAAAGCCGGUACUCAAAUUGAAAACAUUGAGGAGGACUUCAGGAAUGGACUAAAACUCAUGCUGCUCCUGGAGGUUAUCUCAGGAGAGAGGUUACCCAAGCCAGACAGAGGGAAGAUGCGGUUUCAUAAGAUCGCUAACGUCAACAAAGCAUUGGACUUCAUCACAAGCAAAGGAGUGAAACUGGUCUCCAUUGGAGCUGAAGAGAUUGUGGACGGAAACGUAAAGAUGACUCUUGGAAUGAUCUGGACUAUCAUCCUCCGCUUUGCCAUUCAGGACAUUUCUGUGGAAGAAACCUCUGCCAAGGAGGGCCUGCUCUUGUGGUGUCAGAGAAAGACUGCCCCCUACAGGAAUGUCAAUGUCCAAAACUUCCAUGUCAGCUGGAAGGAUGGCCUGGCCUUCUGCGCCCUGAUUCAUAGACACAGACCCGACCUCCUCGACUACUCUAAGCUCAACAAGGAUGAUCCUCUGGGGAACCUGAACCUGGCUUUUGACAUAGCAGAGAAACACCUGGACAUUCCCAAAAUGCUGGACGCAGAAGAUAUCAUCAACACCCCCAAGCCUGAUGAAAGAGCUAUCAUGACCUACGUGUCCUGCUUUUACCAUGCUUUUGCAGGAGCGGAGCAGGCAGAGACGGCUGCCAACAGGAUCUGUAAGGUGCUUGGUGUAAACCAGGAAAAUGAGAAAAUGAUGGAGGAGUAUGAGAGACUUGCCAGUGAGCUGCUGGAGUGGAUCCGUCGCACCACUCCCUGGCUGGAGAACCGGACCCCAGAGAAGACCAUGGCAGAGAUGCAAAGGAAACUGGAGGACUUCAGGGACUACAGACGUCAGCACAAGCCCCCUAAGGUGCAGGAGAAGUGCCAGCUGGAAAUCAACUUCAACACUCUGCAGACCAAGCUGCGCAUCAGCAAUCGUCCUGCCUUCAUGCCCUCUGAGGGGAAGAUGGUAUCUGAUAUUGCCAGUGCAUGGCAGGGCCUGGAGCAGGCAGAGAAAGGCUAUGAGGAGUGGCUCCUCACAGAGAUCCGUAGGCUGGAGAGGCUGGACCAUCUGGCUGAAAAGUUUCGCCAGAAAGCCACCAAUCAUGAGAACUGGGCCAGCGGUAAAGAACUGAUCCUCUCCCAGAAGGACUAUGAAACAGCUACCCUGACAGAAAUCAGAGCACUGCUUCGAAAACAUGAGGCCUUCGAGAGCGACUUGGCAGCACACCAGGACAGAGUGGAGCAGAUUGCCGCCAUUGCACAGGAGCUUAAUGAGCUGGAUUACUAUGACGUGGCUGCUGUGAACCAACGCUGCCAGAGCAUCUGUGACUUGUGGGACAAGCUGGGAACCCUGACUCAGAAGAGGAGAGAGGCACUGGAGCGGACAGAAAAGCUGCUGGAGACUAUUGAUCAGUUGUUCCUGGAGUUUGCCAAGAGGUCGGCUCCCUUCAACAAUUGGAUGGAAGGAGCCAUGGAGGAUCUGCAGGACAUGUUCAUAGUGCACACUACUGAAGAAGUCCAGAGUCUCAUCGCAGCUCAUGAGCAGUUUAAAGCUACCCUACCGGAGGCGGAUGCAGAAAGACAGGCCAUCUUGGGAAUCCAAAGUGAGGUGCAGAAAAUUUCCCAGAGCUAUGGGAUUAAGGCCAGCAUUAUCAACCCCUACAGCACCAUCACAGUCGAGGAGCUUCUCAACAAGUGGGAAAAGGUAAAGAAGCUGGUUCCUCAAAGGGAUGGUGCCCUCCAGGAGGAGAUGGCACGCCAGCAUGCCCAUGAAAGGCUGAGAAGACAGUUUGCUGCCCAGGCUAAUCUCAUUGGACCCUGGAUACAGGCCAGGAUGGAGGAGAUUGGGCGCUGUUCCCUGGAGGUCGGAGGCACCCUGGAGGACCAAAUGACCCAGCUGAAGCAGUUUGAGCAUGUCAUUGUUGCUUACAAGCCCAACAUCGACAAGUUGGAGGGAGACCACCAGCUUAUCCAAGAGUCGUUGGUGUUUGAUAACAAACACACCAACUACACUAUGGAGCACAUUCGUGUCGGGUGGGAGCUGCUUCUCACAACCAUCGCCCGAACCAUUAAUGAGAUUGAGACCCAGAUCCUGACUCGAGAUGCCAAGGGCAUCAGUCAGCAGCAGAUGAAUGAGUUCAGAUCCUCUUUCAACCAUUUUGACAGGAAGAAGAAUGGAGCAAUGGACACUGAUGACUUCAGAGCCUGCCUCAUCUCUAUGGGUUAUGACUUGGGAGAGGUGGAGUUUGCCCGUAUAAUGAUGCUAGUGGAUCCCAAUGCUACCGGAAUCGUCUCUUUCCAGUCUUUCAUUGACUUUAUGACCAGAGAGACUGCUGACACAGACACCGCUGAGCAGGUUGUUGCAUCCUUCCGAAUCCUGGCAACUGACAAGCCCUACAUACUAGUGGAGGAGCUGAGGAGAGAACUCCCCCCAGAACAAGCAGAGUAUUGUAUCAUGAGGAUGCCACCUUACACUGGCCAUGGAGCACCACCAGGGGCACUGGACUACACUGCCUUCUCCACUGCCCUCUAUGGAGAGAGCGACCUUUAAUCUACUAGAAAACCUAUUAUCUACUGACCGUUUACCUAACAACCCCCCGUGCCCCCAGUUUUUUGAUGAAUUUAAGAAAUCUUUAAGAGAGUUGGAUCAAAUAUGUUGAAUGAAGUGUGUUUGUGGCCUUACCAGGUUUGUGUUGAUUAGUGUUCUGAAGAAUAAGACUGUCAACACCUAUGCUGAGCAUUGCCAUGUGUCUUGGAAACCCCCCUAUGUCCUCUUGGAUAAAAGAUGUCCCCUAACAUAAAUUCCAGUGUUGAAAUUAUAUUGAAACAACUCAUAAACAAUGUAUAUUUUAUCUUUUGUGUUAUAACAAUUGUGCAGAAAUUAGAGGUUCUGUGAUCAAAGAAAAGCUAGAAGAGAAAUUCUGUCCAUCAAAAGUACAGAUCACUUAGUACAACAACAGGAUAAUGUUGCUUCUGGGGUUUGUCAGUUAAACUAAUUAGACACAAAAGUCCUGGUUUGUCUAGCAAUAUUAUGUAUUGUGUUCAUGUUUCCUCGCAGUGCCUUUGUUUUGGAAAUACAGUCUUCUGAUAAGAUGUUUUAAGAUGUCUAAAGUGAAUUACAGUUUGCAAAAACAAUUUUAAACCUACUGCCUUUUAACAAUAAACAGUUUAGAGAAUGGGUUCCCAAAAGGCCAAAAAUAUACAGUAGUACAGGAAAAGUGGGGAAACCACAUGGAUGCAAAAGUAAAUGUUUACAGUUGCUCAGUCAUUAAAGGGCAGGGAACACGGUCAAUUGAAUGUGCAGUAUUCAUGAGUAAUGUGUUCAAAGAUAAAACAUUUUCUCAGGCAGCAACAAACACACUAAUGCUUACAUGUGCCUAGAAAUAACUACAGUAAACUCAAAAAAAGGUUUCUUUCUUGUGGGGGUGGCACGGUGGUGCAGUGGUUAGAACUGUCACCUCACAGCAAGAGGGUUUCAGGUUUGAAUCCCAGUCUGGGUCCUUCUGUGCAGAGUUUGCAUUUUCUGCCUGUGUCGGUUUUCUCUAGGUACUCCGGCUUCCUCCCUCCCACAGUCCCAAAAACGUUAGGUUGCAUUAGGUUAAUUGGCCCUAGGUCCUGUGUGUGUGUGGCUGUCCGUCUUUGUGUGUCAGCCCUGCGACUGACUGGCGACCAGGGUGUAACCCACCUCUUGCCUGUAGUCAGCUGGGCUCCAGGCUCCCGUGACCCUGAUGGAUAAGCGGAUGGAUAUUGAAAAUGGAUGGAUGGACCACAAUUGUGUUGUACACAAUUAAUGCAUGUGAUUGCUAAAUAUGUUUACUUUUGUAGUCCAGUUGUUUCCUAGUUUUUCUCUGUUGAUAGUGCAUAUUUUGGCCUUUUUGUAUACUCUUCUUCUACUGUUUGAGUAUAAAAUGAAGAAAUAGUAUUUCAAGAAUGUCCAUGCUGUCCCAAGUGGAGUGGUUAAUUCUACAUUUGUCAAGUAAAUGGUGAAGUGGUAGUGAUUCAACCAAAAUGUGCUGGUUAUGUACAUGCUUGAUUCUGACUCAAAUUAUUUUCGAAAACAAUCUUCAUGUAAUGCUCUAAAAAAAAAAAAAAGAUAAAUGACAUGUUUUGUGUUCUCAAUUUCACACAAAGAGGCAUUUGGUGUGGAAGUUAUGAAAGUAAUGGAAUUUUCUGUGAAGAGGAUCAUCGCCUACUUCACACACUGGAGCACGCUAUUAAUUUAAUACUCUAUUUAGAUUCAAGCAAUUCCCUUUAAAAGAAUAGUUGUCUUAGACACCACUGAUCAGUUUGUGUGAGUUCCUGUAUUUUGGUUGGAAAAUAAAAAUACUCAGGCAGUAAGACGUUUCUUGGCUCAGUUAUCAACAAAUUCAGUAAGUUAAACUUAUUUGAGGGUGAUGGAUUAUUUAAAUAAAGUGUCUGUGACUAAUUUUAAACAUGUAUUUCAACCUGAUAAAUCACUGUUCGUACUGUGCCGUAACUCAAGUUAACAAAAGCCUCACCAGUAGAUGUACUGGUGUAAUAACAGCAUGACAACAA